AACGACGGGUCGAUUCCCGGCAAUGACAUGCGAUGCGACCUCGAUGUGAUCGGGGGUGUCUCGUUCGUUUUGGAAAUGCUGAGCCGUGGCGGCCAAAUCCACCGCCGUCAACCCCAAACCGAAGCAUGAUCUGGUGCUCAAGAACAUCAGCACGUUUGCUCACAGGCUUGGGCCGUGCGGCUCGCACUUAUGCUCUUCCGGCCUGGAGGCCAAUCCAGCUCUUCAACCGCCUCAGCAGCACACCCUCGAGCCCCGAGAUCCGACUGGCCGACAUUCGUAGCCUGUACGAUUACCUGCUUACGAGUCCCGAAAACGAAAAGAAGCUGCUCCAAUGCAUCGAGCGAGACCCUGGGCUUCGGGAGUCGUUUUCUCGUCUGCAGAGCCUCUGUGGAGCCGAUGCUAUAGCGCAGAUCUUUGUUUGCGACCAAAGCGAUCCGGCCAUCCAAGCCCAGGCCGAGGCAGUCAGGCAACAGCUACGUUUCUCAGGGAUGUUGCAGCACGCCAAUAUCGUUGGGCCAGCUUUCCACAGCAUCUCAAACAGCCAGAAGAUCAAGAUCGUUUCAGGGGUGAUUCCGCCUCAUCGUGUCGGGCGGGGCGUUGUUGUCGAUGAAGCAAGCGAGCGCCAUCUCCAGCGAAUUGAGCCCCUGUACAAUGCCAUGGCCAAAGUCACCGACUUUUUGGGAUCCAAGAUCGAGCGAUUCCGGAACACCCGCAAGGCCUUGAGCCAGCGCAAAGACUAGCUCCGGCCACCGGGCUCUGCACAAGGCCCUGUAGUAGAAACAGCAUAGCGGGGUCGUUUCGCUCGGACGGAUGAUCACCACGGCCAAGGCCGAUGUUCAAAAGAGGAUGAUGCCUGCGAUGCCUGUGAUGCCUGCGACGGUGCCUGCGACGGUGCCUGCAGGAGCAUAUAUUGGCAAACAUCGAGAACACGAUGGUUGAUAUCUGAACGGAUGCCAAAAAAAAAAAGUACAGCACCCGCCGAGUGAGGCUCAGUGCCCCCCCCCC